AUGGCUAGCCAGAACCCCAGCGACGAAGCUGCCUCGGGCGCUGCCCCUCAGACUCUGCCUGAUCGCACUCAGAACCCCGCUGAUAACCAGCAGGGCGAGUCGAAGAAUGCCGCCAAAAAGGCCGCCAAGCUGGCCAAGAUGGCUGCCGACAAGGCCGACAAGGCUGCCAACAAGGGAGUUGGCAAGCAGGAAGCCAAAAAAGCCCCCAAGAAGAAGGUGGAUGGCGCUGCUUUGAUCGGCAUUGACGUCUCCAAGGAGAAGGAUUUCCCUGGCUGGUAUCAGCAGGUUCUCACCAAGGGAGACAUGCUCGACUACUACGACCUCUCUGGCUGUUUCAUUCUCAAGCCCGCUUCGUUCUUCAUUUGGGAGGAAAUCCAGCAAUGGUUCAACACACGGAUCAAGAAGAUGGGUGUGAAGAACUGCUCUUUUCCGCUGUUUGUCUCCGAAGAUGUCUUAAAGCGAGAGAAGGACCACAUUGAGGGCUUUGCGGCCGAAGUCGCUUGGGUCACGCAUGCUGGCUCGACCCCUCUGGAAAAGAAGAUUGCCAUUCGCCCUACUUCGGAAACGGUGAUGUACCCUUACUACGCCAAGUGGAUUCGCAGCCACCGCGACCUGCCCCUGCGUCUGAACCAGUGGAACUCUGUUGUGCGAUGGGAGUUCAAGCACCCUCAGCCGUUCCUGAGAACUCGUGAAUUCCUGUGGCAGGAAGGCCACACGGCACACUUGACUGAGGGUGCCGCUCGGGAGGAGGUAUUGGCAAUCCUUGACUAUUACCGUCAGAUCUACGAGGAUCUUCUGGCUGUCCCGGUCAUCAAGGGCCAGAAGACCGAGAAGGAAAAGUUUGCUGGUGGUCUCUACACCACCACCGUUGAAGGCUACAUCCCCGCCACGGGCCGUGGUAUUCAGGGUGGUACCUCGCACGGUCUGGGCCAGAACUUCAGCAAGAUGUUCAACAUUACCGUCGAGGAUCCCUCCGCCAAGCCCGAUGAGAGGAAGCCCCCGCUCCACGUGUGGCAGAACUCGUGGGGUCUGUCGACCCGCACGCUGGGUGUUAUGGUCAUGAUCCACAGUGACAACAAGGGCCUGGUCCUGCCUCCUCGCGUCGCGGAGACCCAAACCGUGGUUAUCCCCGUCGGCAUCACGGCCAAGACCUCCGAUGAGGAGCGCGAGAAGCUGAACGCCGAAGUGGAUGGCCUCGUGGCGGUUCUCACCGCGGCUGGAAUCCGUACUGAGAGCGACAAACGCCUCUACUCUCCUGGCUGGAAGUUCAACGAGUGGGAGCUGCGCGGUGUGCCUCUGCGCAUUGAAUUCGGCCCCGGCGAGUCGGCCGGUCACUUCGUCACCACCGCCCGCCGCGACAUCCCGGGCAAGGAUGGUAAGGGCUCGAUCCCUAUCCACGAGCUGUCGACCGGCGUCCCCGCUCUCUUGGAAACCAUCCAGGCCGAUCUAUUCAAGCGUGCCGAGCAGGAAUACACGAACCACCGCAAGCUCCUCACCAACUGGGACGACUUCGUGCCCGCGCUCAAUGAGAAGAACAUCUGUGUCAUUCCCCACUGCUUGACCGAGGAGUGCGAGGAUCAGAUCAAGGACCUGAGCGCCCGCAAGGCCGAGGAGGACUCAGGUGAGCCCCAGGACGCCAAGGCCCCCAGCAUGGGUGCGAAGUCGCUGUGCAUUCCCUUCGACCAGCCCGAAGGUCUCGAGCCGGGCGUCACCAAAUGCACCAACCCCCACUGCAACCGCCUGGCGGAGAAGUGGUGCAUGUUUGGCCGCUCUUAUUAA